GGCUGCGCACGUCACUUUGAUGCUAAGUUCUCGCUAAAACCUCUGCAGCAACAAACCACAGGGUUUUGUAAAGUGUUCUCUUUUCAAAAUGGGGUUUACAGUAAUUAUAAUCAAUUAAUCAAUUACUGUUUCAUUAUAAAAGGAGUGUGUGUGAGGAAGAAGAAUCACAAGGCUGCGUUUGGCUUCCACACGACAAGGAUGGGUCAGGCAUUUCGUCGAGCAACUGGAAGAAUACGAGCAGCAUCCGAAGUUGACACUUCACACUUGUCUAAAACAAAGACCGCCGUCGAUCGACGACCUCCGCCGAAUGUUGCCGCCGACAUGGGGGCGGAGAUCUCGAAGGCCGCCGAACAAGACGCACGGGACGCUGAUGAUCAACCUAGAGUUAAUGUUGACAACAUCUUGGAAGAAAGAGAUCCCAAAUUUGAUGCUAUGCUUGGUCAAAUGGUUGGUAGAAUUACAUCAAAGCCUGGGGGGAAACCUGAGAUGGGUGAGGCCUCUCUGGUUGAAAAGUAUAAUAGGCCCAUGCCAAAAUUGCGAAAUACAAAACCAGAGUCUGGCAAAUAUGAGGAAAGACCGGUUCCUGCAGGAACUUUAAAUAUAGCACAGUUGCGACAUGUCAUCCUCUUGCAUGAAGGCAAGGCUGAUGAUCACGAUGGCCCCAUGGAUGUUCAUCAGAUUGCUAAAAAAUUCCAGGUCGAUGUCGUUCAGAUUCAGAGGAUCUUGCAAUUCUUAUCACAACCUCCAGAAGGUAGCAAUCAAGAUAAGAACAAAACGACGAGAUAAAUUGCAUUAUCAGCAUUGCUAACUGGUUCCUGUCUGAAAAAGGGAUAUUUUAAGUACAUUUGAAGUGUGGACGAAGUCUAGCCCAUUGAAAAAUGUAGUAGUUAUCUUCAACAGAAAAGGGAAUAUCAAAGUCUGGCCUCGGGUCUUUAUUGACUUGUAAUUGACUAUAUUAAGAAGUGUUUGUGCGGCCCACGGAUUUUGUCAGGACAUCUUAAUAUCAACAAUUGAAUUUCUCCUUGUGAUGGAAAUUAACUUUGGAGAGAGUGGGUUACAAUAAGGGUUUUGUAACCCAACACUUAGUUUUUGUUUGUUCAUUUUCAAUGAUUACCAACAAUCAUUUUAUUCAAGUCUCUGUCUCUAAUAAAACAGGAGCAAAUUGAGUAUUUGCUUUGCAAUACAUAGCAUGUUUUGUAUUCACUGUAAUUUCUUUCAGAUUUGCAGACGU